CAGUGCUCUUGAUAUUUCCCUCUUGCUAGUGACUCGUAUUCGCCGUUAUAUUUAUUUCAAGUCAUUCACCAUGGUGCAGAGCUACCAGUCGCCCGUCCGGGUGUACAAGUACCCCUUCGAGAUGGUCAUGGAGGUGUGUGUGGCCGCCAGGUGCUCGUCUGCCUCGGAUUUCAGGCGUGCCGGGGACUGGGAGUGACAGGAAGGAUGUUUGAUGUGGAAUUAUCUGGUGUAGAAAUAGCGUACGUGAGGCGCUUCCCGAAGUGCGACAUGAUCCCCAUAAUGGCUGGCACUGACAUCCUGAAGGAGACCACCUCCAAGGACGGGGCUGUCAACCAGAUAUCCCGCCGCUGCAGGUUACACGUGGAGGCCCCCUACCUGUUGAAAAAGAUCAUGGGGGUGGAGUUCAUUCACUUCAUCCAGACCAACACCUUAGACAGACGCAACAGAACGCUCAAGAUCGACGCCUACAACGAGAGCUUCUCCUCCAGGGUGGUGAUCAAGGAGCACUGCACCUACUCGGUCCAUCCAGAGAACAGUGAAUGGACAUGCUUUGAGCAGACUGCAAGUCUUGACAUCAAAUCUUUCUUUGGGUUUGAGAGCACAGUGGAGAAGAUCGCCAUGAAGCAAUACUCUCAGAACAUCUCAAAGGGUAAAGAAAUAAUUGAACACUUCAUAACGGAGCUGAAGAAGGAAGGAGUAACACACAUCCCAAGGUGGGUGGAGCCACAGCCAGAGCAGACCGAGGAUGAGGAGAACAACAAGGUGGAAAGUGAAGUAGAGAGCAGCUCUGAGGAGACUGAAAAGCGUGACCGCACCAGCAGUACACCAUCCACAGGAUCCCGGGAACUCCAGCUUGGGGCAUCUGCCACCAACAUUCUCAGCAUGGAUGCUGUCACCCUCAAUGAUGGUGGUGAUAUGUUGGCCAACAACAAUGAGUACAAUAAGAGGUGUCACGAUAGCCUGGUGGCCGAGGAGGUGGAUAAUGGCCGCGUUGACAGGGAAAACAACAAGUUGGAUGCUGACUAUAUUAAGAGAUGUUUAGGAGACUUGACACCAUUGCAAGAAUCUAGAUUAAUACAGCUGAAAAAGUGGGUUGCUGAACUUCAGAAAGGAAAGGUCCCCAGUGACACAUGUUUGCUGAGAUUCCUUCGAGCACGAGACUUCAAUAUUGAGAAGGCACGAGAAAUGCUGAGUCAUUCACUCAUCUGGCGCAAGAAGAACCAGGUGGAUAAGAUGAUGAAUGAAUACCAAGUACCAUCUGUUAUUCAAGACUACUUCCCUGGGGGAUGGCACUACUACGAUAAGGAGUGUCGACCACUGUACUUGUUGCGUCUCGGUCAGAUGGACGUGAAGGGUCUUGUAAAGAGUGUUGGGGAAGAAGGACUCCUGAAGCAUACCCUGCAUAUCUGUGAGGAAGGCCUGCGACUAACAGAGGAAGCAACAUCGACCUAUGGACGCCCCAUCACCACCUGGACACUGCUGGUGGACCUGGAGGGCCUCAACAUGCGCCAUCUGUGGAGGCCGGGCAUCCGCACACUGCUCAAGAUUAUUGAGAUAGUGGAAGCCAACUAUCCUGAGACCAUGAGCUGUGUCCUUAUCAUCCGAGCACCAAGAGUGUUCCCCAUCCUAUGGACGCUUGUCUCCACCUUCAUUGACGAAACCACAAGAUCAAAAUUCUUAUUCUAUGGUGGGAAUGACUACCAAGGGCCUGGUGGCCUAAUAGACUACAUGCCCAAGGAGAAUAUUCCCCACAUCCUUGGAGGAGAGUGUAAGCUGGACACUCAGUCUGUCCUGGGUCCCGUCCCCGAGGCCUUGUAUACUGUCACGCUCCCGCACGAGCUGGAGUGUAGCACUGUGGUGCAUGAGGCCGGUUUGGUGCCAAAGAGCAUGUAUCUGCCGGGAGAAGAGAUGGAUGCAGCCCGCCAGCACCUGCCUAUGUCUGACCAGUCAAUUUAUCGUUCUGUCUCACUGGGAAGGGGUCAGGUACAUGAAAUGGUGCUGCUCAUAGAGGAGGCAGGAUCAGUCAUUUGCUGGGACUUUGAUGUUAUGAAGAAUGAUGUUUCCUUCUCUGUCCUGAGAACCAAAGUGCCCAUCACUCAUCGUCCUGAGCCUCAGUCUCCUACUGGAGCCAUGGGAGUAAUUGAUGCUGUGAUGGGCAGUGAUGAUCUGCAUCGCUCUGUCAUAGAGAAAGGCUGGCGGGAAGGUCAUGAAUAUUUCCGUGUUGAGCCACAGCUGAUCUGCCAUGAUGGAGAAAGCAUCCAGUAUCAUGAGAGAGAUGGCCACGAACCCAGCCGUGUGGACCCGCAUCCUGUCUAUCGUGAAGGAGAGAGCAUCCAGGGUUCCCACGUGACCUCCCACAUGGGUACGUACAUCCUGCAGUGGCGCUAUUAUGAGUCCACACAGCACACUUCUCCCCUGGACAUCAUUGACUCCAUCACCGCUCCCAAGGCCAAGAUCAUGUAUUACUAUGAGACACUCAAGUCUGCUGAUUACAGGGGCUCAAUGACCAGCCUUCAGUCAUGCCAGAGUGGUUUUUCUUCUCUGUCCUCCAACACAAACAAAUCUGCAAAUUCCUCGUGUCCGUCUCGCUGACCUUAACUUCUUGUGGCAAAUUCUUGCCAGAACACAUCAUCCCCACAAACACUCAGAAUUCCUUGAAUUGUUGCUAGAUGAGUAAAUUCCAUGAAAAUAUUGGAAUUAUGCAGGGCACUGUGUUACUUGGUGUCCAGGCAGAUCAGGAAGUUUAGUUGUUAAGUGGCCGUGGUGCCCAGUGCCUGUGGUGUGUGCUGCACCUGUUUACCUGUAGGGACAUGUCCCACUGUUUAAUAUGUAUAUCUAAGUAUUCAAUGGUUGCCUAAAUAAUGUGAUUUUUUUCAUUGUGAAACUUCUGGUGACUUAUAUCCUGAGGAUCUUCAUGGUAUGGUUUCCAUAGAAAUUUGAAUAUUCAUCUUCAAAAUUUAAUUACGAAAUAAGUGAUUCAUUGCACUCUGGUAUAAUGAUUCUCUUGGACAUGGCACUGUUAUUUUAACAAACAUUAAAGUGACGUGUGCUUCUUUUUCCAAAAGCAUCAUUCUAUUAUGUGUGGAUCUUUUUUAUUAUAUAUUUAACAGUGAAAACCAUCCAGAAGCAUUUUCAGACACUGAAUAGACUUAACAGAACUUUUAAAGGAACUCUAAGUCAUUAUUUUGUCAUAUAUAUAUAUAUAUAUAUAUAUAUAUAUAUAUAUAUAUAUAUAUAUAUAUAUAUAUAUAUAUAUAUAUAUAUAUAUAAAAUGGGAAAGAUUUAGUAGUUUUGUUUAUAAAGACUAUAUUAUACAGCAUAUAUAUAUGUAUAUAUAUAUAUAUAUAUAUAUAUAUAUAUAUAUAUAUAUAUAUAUAUAUAUAUAUAUAUAUAUAUAUAUAUAUAUAUAUAUAUAUGGAAAUUUUAGCGUUUAUACUUGAAAAUGGUUGAAGUACCCGUGUAUGAAUCGGGAAAUGUACCGGUGGUUGGCUCUUGGCAAGGGAGUGGGGAUGAGCUAUGGUGCUUUGUACUGUGAAUACAUAUCUUUUAUGCAGCAGCUGCUAUGUGCAUGUUCCCUGGAUCAGGAAUCCUGCACAUUAUGUUCUCAUUUAAAAGAUGAUAUAUAUCCUUCAUAUAAUUUUAGAGAUACAAAGAAUUAUUUAUGAUACUACGUGUUUAGAAAGAUUCCCUCCGUACACCUCUCAGCAUACCUCUACUGAGCUUUUCUGUACAUUUAAAGGUACAAGCAUAAUUUAAUAACUAUGUAUUGUUUCAAUAAUGGCUGAAGACUUGCUUGCUGUAGUCUUUCUGCCUGGUAUUUUGUUCUCUGAGAGCUGAAACUUCUGGCAAUGAUACUUGCUCAAUACGAUGGUACAAUAGAAUUGGAACAAAUAACAGUAGUGGGAAGAGAAAUAGAGAAGACUGUAGGUGACAAUAUAUGUACAUCAAUCUGUAUCAUACACUGAAGGUAAAAUGGAUGUUUGCCUUCUGAUUUACCUCUUACACUAAUGCAACAUCUGUUAUUUUGGCACCUGGAAAUAUCAAACUAAGCUGAUUUGUAUCCAUUUUUGCCUAAAUUGUGUUGAAUAUGUUGAAGAGUCCACAAUCAGAAUGAAGGAGAUAUCCAUGUAUUGUUGGAGGACCCGUUUUGUGAGCCGUGGAAUUUCCACUUAGCUGAGGUGUUGCUGGAGGAACCUCUGAAAGUCUUCCAUGCAGAGCAUGUGACUCACAGCACCAAUGUACUGCUCCAUGCACCCAGAUUUGUACAGGCAUCAAAUGUUAUGCAUCAAUAAAUCAGAGACACUGAAUAUAUAUUUUGAAACUGUUGGUAAUAGUUUAGAGCAUCAUGUAGGAGUCAGAGGUCAUCCCAUUUGUGCAUCUUAGGUAAGCUAUCAUUGUGUGAAUGAAGGUGUGACUGAUGCACAUGUAUGUACAUUAGACAUUGGGCUCUUUGCAACAUAAACUCAAUAUUUUUUUCAUUACUAUAGAACUUAAAUAUUAUACAGUGAUAUCAGAUUAUUUAAAUAAAUUUUACUUUAUAUUUAAGGGACUGCUUAUUUUGCUGACAAAGAUUUUUUGAAAAAAAUACUUUGAGUAUGGAAUUUUGACCAACUUUACUGAAGUAGUAUCAUGAUGGUUGGAAAGUCAUGAAUAUGCUGUGUUCAGUAUCUUAAUCAAAUAAAUAUGUGAGUAAACUUGAUCAAACUGUAUUUCUAGCAUAUGCAAGAUCAUGAUUUUUAUCAUGGCCUUCAUUAAUAAUGAUAUAGAGAAAACAUGACUGUGUUUUAACCUCCCCUGUGACAAGUAGUCCAGCCACACUCCUCUACAGUGCAGGGGAGUGCACUACACUCCUGCCACUUGCUGUCCCAAGCCAGCCUUUGUGCCAUAUUUGAUACUUUUGUUUACACAAAAAAAUAGUCAUUAUAAGUUAAUUUUCAGUUCUAAUUAUGAUGACUUUAGUAAAUCACCUAAAGAAAAUAGCACUUGAUUACAGUCAGUUAGAAGUGCAUAUCCCCAUGUCUAAUGUACAAACUUAGGCAUAUAUCAAAUUAGCACUGUUAAAAUCCAGUGUAGAGCACUGAAGUCCAUUUUGUAUUGUAAUGAUAUGCUUGUGCUGUACUGUAGAGGUAGGGAAUGAUCCACCUGUUAUAAGAUGUUACUUUGUAAGCAGAAACAUAGUCUCCAAUUCCUUUAGACAGAACACAAUGUGAAGGUAUGAAGCACACCUCUAGUGUUCACAAGGAGUGUGUGUCUGUACUUGAUCAUGCUUGUGUUUGACUGAGGAUAGAUAUUUUAUGUGUAAAUGUCUACCUAUUGCUUAUUGAUAGUUGACAUGGAGUCUAGUCCAACCAUACACUAUAUAAGAGUCAAUCUGCAAUAUAUUUAUAUUGUGGCUAAUGGUAAUGUAGGUAAUUUACCAUGCAACAGGGAAUGUUGGAGCAGCAGUCAACCCAAAUUUAAGUUCUGCUCAUAUUUAUGUUGAGAUCAUAAUUAUGAAAAAAAGGGACAUGAGUAUUCCUGUCACACAAGUCUGUAGUAGUGUAAGAAUAUGAUUUGCUUCAUACUACUCAAGUACUUUUAGAAGCUUAAAGAAAACACAGGCUCACAUAAGGGCUUUGUCCUGAGUUUUCUUCAAGAAAACUUCCUAUUUGCUGAUAUCAUGACCAGGUUUUUAUUUUUUCUUCAUCCAACUUGGUCAUGCUAUGAUUGAGUAAGUAUUAUAUACUUCCAGUUAUCACAUACCUCUCCUCAAAUACCAUAUUUUUACAAAUUAUCAUGAGCCGUUGUGUCAAUUGACAAUAUUGAUCUUGAAUGUUUUAAUAUGCUGCUUCUUCCAAUUGUUAACAAUUUUAGCUUUUAGUUAUUGUUUUCUAAAAUCUCUCCUGAUCUAAUCCAUGUGCUGAGUUUGAUGAGGCAUUGCCCAAGUAUUUUUAUUCAUGACGGUAGAAGAUACUGUCUUAUAUGUUGAUGGGCAUUUUGUUUUCAGCCAAUCAGUAUCAUCAUUAUUCAUCAUUGUUUUGAAGGACGGAGUUCCUGUUUAACUGGGCUAACCUCUGUCAUCCUAUAGCAGCCUACCAAGCCACAUGCUUCCAAGCAUAUAUUUUCUAGGUCCUGCAGGCCUUCAUCCCACACCUUUUAGUAUACCCAUGGAUACUUUUACCUUUCACUUCAAAACAUCUGGCAUUUAUCACCAGGUCAUUCUCAUCCAUUCCUUCCAGUCAACUAAGCCAGCAAACUGUCCAUUCAAAUGACCUCACUAAUCCUCUCAGUUGCAUUAAAGUCUUGCUAUAACCAGAAGCAUAUUUAUAUUAUGAUUAUUAAAUAGUUAUUUUCAGAUCACAUUGAAUUUUGAAACAAAGAAUGUGAUGACAGUCUCUGUUUCUUAGUAACAUUUUAUCAUAUUUAUUAUGUAUAUGUAAAAUGACUUUUGUUAGUGUGAAAACAAAGAUGAGCACAGUAAAAAGAUCUUUCAUCCACUGUGGUAGCAGAUGAAAAUCACACUAUCUGUCUUCAUUCCUUGCCAGCAUACAUGUAUGUAGCCUGAGGGACUUUCCCAGAUACAUCCCCUGAUUUGCCGUGGGCAACAAGGAUAUAUAUAUAUAUAUAUAUAUAUAUAUAUAUAUAUAUAUAUAUAUAUAUAUAUAUAUAUAUAUAUAUAUAUAUAUAUAUAUAUAUAUAUAUAUAUAUAUAUAUAUAUAUAUAUAUGUGUAAAUGUUUCUUCUGUUUGCUUCUGUGCUGCUAUGCAAUCAUCUUCUUUCCACAGUAUUUUCUAGUCUGGUACAUAGAAGAUGUGGAAAUGCUUUCCACCAGUUGACAAACACCACUCAAGCAACAUAUCAAGGUGGCUGUAACUUGUUUCCAUUAUUUUGUUUUUUCUUUAAGGAAUACAUUGUGCUGUUUUUAACCAUUUUAGUUUGAAUAAGCAAUAAUGGUAUAAUUUUUGGAUCAGCUAACUAGAGUCAAUAUUGUAUUAUUUUGUGCAAAAUUAUUGUAGACAGAGGCUUUUAGGGAACUCAGAAGAAUCCAGAUAAUGCGUGAUAUAACAACUUGGAUGUUUUGAGUAAUAUAAUUGUAAAUUGUAUUUCUCAAAAGUAUUUUCAUAAAGCAAAUUUUUGAAAAGACAAAGAAAAGAAGGAAACUGUUUUCUGAACUCCUCACUUGUAAGAAAAAGACAUAUAUUGUUGAGCCAAGUUAGUACAAGUUAUUAACACAUAAGUACACAGAAGAGUUUCCAAAAUAUCUGUUUUUGUGGUGUGGGAUCAUGUUAUACUGAUGUUUUGACUGAGGUAGGUGAGGACAGUGUGACCAUUGACUGUAAUACAAGUUGUGAGUGAUGUGAAUGUAGCAUAUUGUUCAUUUGGUUUAAUCUUUGUUUUAUUUGUUACUGUAUAAAAGCUGCAAAUAUAUAUUACCAAGUGA